AUGGCCGCGCAGCUGUUCCUUCGCCCGAGGAGGGACCCUCCCGGCCCUCGGUGUGCGUGGCGGGAAAGAGGGGCCCGGGGCCGGCCCUGUGUCACUCCCGCCCGGUCCCCGCAGUCGUGCGCGCGGCUGCGCCUGGUGGCCCGGGCCAUCGCCGACGCCCAGGCCGUGCUGAGCAGCCUGCGGAGGCCCGAGCUGUUUCCCGGCACCGGCCCGACCCUGGAGCUGCUGGCGGCCGCGGGGCGGCACGUGGCGGCCUGCCUCGAGCUGGGCCGGCCAGGCUCCUCGAGGAGGCCCCCCCCGGCGCCCAGGAGGCGUCCGAAGCCACGGAGAGCUGUGAGCGCGGCAGGCGGGAGAGCGGUGCGACUGCGGGCGGGAGCGUGGGCGGCUGCGCCGGGAUGCGAGCCGAGGCUUGGAGCGCUCAGGGCCCGGAGGGGAGUUUGUGCGCGAGGGAAGUCCUGGCUCAGCCCGCCUCGCCUCCUUCCCGAGUUCCAGGACUCGCCUCGGUGCCGCGAAGCCACCGUUGUCUUCAACCUCCUGCGCCUGCUCCGUGGGACCUGAGGCUGGUGGCGCAGUCGGGCUGCGACCCGAAGCUCUGCGCUCGUUUGCCCCAUUGGCCCAGGCGGGUCUCUGAGCAGCGGACGCUGAAGCUGGG